AAGAAAACAAACAUCAUCCAUUAUAUAUAUAAUUUUCCUCCCACUUUUGUUUCCCCCCAUCCAUUUCAGUGCAGGUGCAAGGAGGAGGAAGAAAUUUUUUAAUUUUUUUUUUCUCCUGCCUUUUUGUUUCUUCUCACACAAGAAUACAAAAGGAAGAAAAGAAAAAUCAAAAUACACGCCGUUCUUCUCCUUCCUUAAAUUCACCUCUUCUGAUGCUAUAACAAAUCCAUAAAUUGUACAAGGAUGGCUGUCAGUUUCAAGUACUGGGAUGACUGCAUUGAUCCGAAGGACAUGGAGGCAAUGUGGAUGGAUCCAGCAGUGAGAAAUGAAUGGAUUAAUGCUGGAGAGACUAGAGGAAGUAAAGUUCACCUUUCACGAGAUCCUGACGGUCAACCAUAUCUUACGCAAAUUGAGAUGAAGGCUGUAUCUGGGAUCAUCGUCGAGAGGCAUUUUUAUUCAGAGAUAGAUUCGGACAUGAUUUGUGCCCUUGCUGAACUUGAAAGUGACAGGCAGCCCCUUUCUACACGGUAUAAUAAAAAAACCAAAGAGGUAACUAUGGGGAUCAUGCAAAUUUUGCCAAAAACUGCAGAGUGGUUGGUCAGGGAGGUGGGUUACCAGGCAUAUGGAGUGGAAGGGAAUUCAAAUCUUUUGUACAGGCCUUUCAUAAACAUAUAUUUUGGUGCUGCCUACCUUAAGUGGUUAUCAAAUUUUAGCCAAAAAGAAAGAACUGAAGAGUUCAUAGUGAGAGCUUAUAAAGGUGGUACAAAAAAGGCAACUCAUAAAUCAACUCUACCGUAUUGGAAACGGUAUCUUUCUGUCAAGGAAAGCCUACCAUCCAGAAAAGUUUUGGAAGUUAGUCCUUUCGCGAAUAAUCCUGCUCCCGCGACUCAAGCUUCAAAAAUGCCAGGUUCCGGUAAUACAACAUGGGACUCUAGAGCUUCUCCAGAAGAUAUGGAGGGGAUGUGGAAUAAUCCCACUGUUAGUAAAGAGUGGAACCAAUCUGGAGAGAAGAAGGGAAAGGUGCGAUUUUCUCAUGAUGGUCAGAUGAAGCCCUAUCUCUCCCGGGCAGAAAUGAGGGCAGUUGCGGAAAUCAUUGCCUCAAAGCACUUCAGUACAAAAGGAAUUAAAUCUACGGUUUUAUGUGCUCUUGCCGAGAUUGUUAGCAUGCGUUUUGUUAAUGGAUCUGGAGCACGUACUGGCUUAACGGGAAUUGACUACCCCACAGCUUGCUGGCUUUACAAGGACUUGGGCUACAAGGCUUACUCAGUCGAGAAAGUUGAGGAUCUAACCCGGCCGUUUGUUUCAAUGUACUUUGGUGCGGCCUAUUUGGCUUGGUUAUCACAAUAUGAAGGAAGAGAAAGAAGUCUACAGUUUGUGGUUCAGGCUUAUCUUUCAGGGCCAAAGAACGUAAACCUGCAGGAGACCGGUCCUCAAUGGCUUAAAUUUCAGGAAUCGUUAAGCCGCUAUGAAGAGGUUAAGAAGUAGGGAGCAAGGGGGUUGCACAAUUUUGUGAGCUGGCUUAGUGGAACCUCAUGAUAUGGUUUUUUCCCUGGGAUACAUUCUUUGGAGUAGCAUUGGAUAUGACUGAAAUCUUGAAAUAGGAAAAAACAUAUAAAUAGAGUGGAUGUUGUUGUUGUAUUUGUAAUGAUGAUUUUUUCUGAAGACAUUUUCCACACUGCAUUAGUCUUUGUGAGUGGUGCACAUGAAAUUGUGUAAAAAUUUACUUCUCUUAUUUUUUUGCUCUUCUUAA